GUCACAUUUGUCACCAAGAGGAGACGACCUACAACAAUUUUCAUAGAAUACUCUUUCCAUUAGGCCUCGUUUCUCAUGUCAAUUGCUUCUAAAAUUCCCAUGGAGCUCGAGAGUUCCAAUGCGUCUUCAUGACUCGAAACAAUCUCGGCGAUCAUUUACCUUGGCUUCUCGCGAAUGUUGCUCUAAACGCGCCAAACGCGCCCGUUUUACCACCAGCUUCUAACCAAUCGCCCUCCGAUCCUACCUCUUCUCUCGAUCGCUCCACGAAUCUACGUCCGCAAACGCGUCGUCGACCUGUUCCCGAAUCAUCUUUAUAUCCAAUUCUUCCUGUUCCUCAACCUGUGCAACCGGACUCGACUAAUGGGUCUAACAAAUCGGCUGCAAAACCUCUCCAAGUACCCCGGGGGGAAACGGUAGCAGGGAGGGAGAGGGAAACGGAAAGCAUGGGACGUCUAACUUCGAAAUCCGGUUCGAAACGACCGACUCUCGUCUUACGCCAGGAGCAAUUACUCACUCCGACUUCUACGCACGGAGGAGGUGCGGGGUCUCUUGCGAAGGAGUACGCGGCCUUGUUGAAGAACUCAGGUACCGCAAGUUCGGCUAAGAAAAGAACCUCGCCCCGACGCGAGUUCCCAACACCGGGCCCAACGUUUGGGAGUGACCGUACCUUCGACACCGUCGACUUAACUGGAGAUGAUGAAUUGACUUCGCCUAAUUCUGUUGCGUUUGGAAGUACUAUUAGGCUAUGGCGGGAAGACUUUGCUGUGCGGCCUGAGCCGGCUUCCACAACUGAGAAUUCCGUUGCAUUUGGGACUGAUAUUGCGCUUUGGGACGAAGAGCAUGCUACGCGAGCGGAACCCAUUCCCACAACUACGGAAAACUCAGUAGCCUUUGGGACCGACGUUAUGGUAUGGGAGGAGGAACAUGCUUCGAGGCCAGUACCACUGACGCCAAAGAGAGGUAAAAAAAGAAAAAGCGAUCAAAUCAGUCGACCACCUGCUACCACUGUCGCUGACGCAGAUGACUUCCCCGAUAUAUACGAAGUUCUGUCCGAGGAAGAGGUCGUGUCUUCCCAUCUAAAACGGUCUCCGACGAAAUCACCAGCGAAAUCGAAGCUGAAGACCGAGGUUACUCGAACGCCAUCGAAGCCCAUACCUUCGCCCAAGAAGGAAACAUCUCGUCGAGUGAAAAGGGAGACGGUAAUCUCCGAUGACUCGCCGUUCGACACUGAGCGCACUAUAAAGCAAUCUCCCCUCAAGGCAUCCCGGAAGAACAAGGCUCUGCGCGAUGUGACACCCGUUGAGACCAGGGAUGCCAUCCUUUCUAAGCAUGACUCGUCUUCGGAGGCUCCCGAGACUCCCAGAGCACAGAUGACCCAACGGCCACGGGAUUUAAAGAGCAAUGAUCGAGUUAUCGAGGAUUCUGAUGAUGAACUAAUGAGUCCUCCUGAUUUCGAAGUGCCAGGCAGUACGGCUCUUUCGAAUAACCGCCCUAGAGCAUCUGUUCGAGUAUCUCAAGAUGAUGACUUUGUCGUGGCCUAUGACACGCCCUCGAAGCCAAGACAAGCAGCUACUAGCGUAAGACGUACACCACAUCGAUCACCUCGGAAACCUGACCAAAGCCUAUCAUCUAACCUUGGUAUAACGAGAGAUCAUGAUCGUGAUCUAGGAGCUGCGGGUCCCUCGCAGGGAUCCCAAACUCCGUAUGAACCAAGCGUUGAGAUCGAUGACAAGGAGAAAAACGCUAUCCUUGAAUUAUUCUUAGAUCAACCGUCCGUUAUUGAGAGGAAAAGGAAAUCUCUGGAAGAGAAAUUGCGAGAAAAUAAGGAUGCUUACACGCAUGCCCUAAAAAGGGGGGAACUCGCACCCAGAGGCCUGCUUAGGCGGGAGAAAGAGCAGCUUGCGCAGCAGCAAGCAGCCUUGGACGAGCUCUGUGGCGAAUAUCGAUCAUAUGAGGAUGUCCAACUUAAAAAGGAGGCUCUGAUUGCGCGAAUAACGGAUGCUUAUGACCAGGAUCUGGAUACACAGGACGACGAGGCUCGCCUUGAGGAAUUGGAGAAUUUGCUUAAGGGACGGCAAUUGUCGCUGAAGGAUAGCAUCGUGAAGGCGGGCAUCGACAAUCGAGAGUUAUUCGAGAGUGACCAGAUUCACGAUGCGGAAACGUACCACACAAACCCUGUUGUGCAAGCAACACAGCCAGCUAGAACCACCCAGCAGACGAGUCUCUCGCGAGAGUCAACCCUCGUCCCACGAGGUGGUACGCAAGUUAUCCUGCAAACCCAGCUUCCUCGACAGAUAGAUCCUCUACCAAUUCCUAAACAGGACUACAUUGAACCACCAUCCUUGCCGCAGAGUUCAAUGGGAAGGCACCGUCGCCGGGUUGCUUCUUCUUCACCCGAUAUCGAUCAAAUGAUCGAAGAUCAGCCUCCUUUUACCAUAGCUAGUAGCAGCAAGCUGACAAGAACCCCGGCUCGUCAGAAGUCAACCGUGACUGUGGAACCGGACCCCUAUGACUUUGAGGAAGAGGAUGGCCUAUUCGAGGAGCCGUUACCACCGCCUAGUCGCCGAACAGCAAAGAAGACGGCAACAAAUGUGCAAUCAGCGAGCGUCAGGACACAUAAGAGUCCAACUAAGGCAAAAUCUACCCGUCAGCAGGGUUACCAGAGUGAUUAUAGUGAUGAUGUUGACAUGGUCCAGUUUGCAGAGGAAUUUGACCUUCGACAGUCAUCAGCGGAAAGCAGGCAACCUAGGCCCCAGCGAUCUAUUCUUUCGGAAACGUCGGGCAAUGUGGGGGUACGGCCUCAGAAAACAGCCAUCCAGAAACUGACAGAUCCUUUAAAGUCAGGACAGAUCCCACGCGAAAUUAAGAAUCGUCCAUGGUUCAAAGACGUGAGAAGGGCGUUGAAAGAUAGGUUUAGGAUGACCGGUUUCCGACAUAAUCAACUGGAGGCGAUUGACGCUACUCUAUCCGGCAAGGACGCUUUCGUCUUGAUGCCUACGGGAGGUGGAAAGUCUCUUUGCUACCAACUUCCGGCCGUCGUGACUUGUGGAAAGACGCAUGGUGUCACCGUCGUCGUAUCCCCCCUUCUCAGUUUGAUGCAGGACCAAGUAGACCAUCUAAACGCACUGAAUAUCGUGGCAGCUUCUUUCAGUGGUGACAAAAGCGCACACGACCGUGCCGAGAUCUUAGGAUGGCUGCAGGAACGGAACCCGGAACUUCAUCUACAGCUCCUCUAUGUCACGCCAGAAAUGAUCAAUAAGAGCACCCAAUUCCAAGACGGACUGAGAGCACUCUAUCGCAACAAGAAGCUCGCUCGUCUCGUCAUCGACGAAGCUCACUGCGUUAGCCAAUGGGGCCAUGACUUUCGACCAGAUUACAAAGAACUUGGCAGUUUUCGAACCAGUUAUCCUGGUGUACCUAUCAUGGCCUUGACAGCCACUGCAACCAAGAAUGUCAUCUUGGACGUCAAGCACAAUUUAGGAAUUGAAGAAUGUGCGGAGUUCUCUCAAAGCUUCAAUCGCCCUAAUCUUUACUACGAAGUUUUGAGAAAGGAGAAGGACAGUGUCGAAAGUAUAGCGGACUUGAUUAAUACAAAAUACAGUGGGCAGACAGGCAUCGUCUACACUCUUUCUCGGAAGUCAGCAGAGAAGAUUGCUGAGAAGCUGCGAGGCCAUGGUAUAGCAGCCCAGCACUACCAUGCGAGCAUAAAAGUCGAAGAAAAAGCGAAAGUCCAGAAGCAGUGGCAGGCCGGGAAGGUUAAGGUCGUUGUCGCGACCAUUGCUUUUGGCAUGGGAAUUGACAAGCCUGACGUCCGCUUCGUCAUCCAUCACUCGAUCCCGAAGAGUCUCGAAGGGUAUUACCAGGAGACCGGCCGUGCCGGCCGAGACGGCUUACCGUCCGAAUGCUAUCUAUACUUUAGUUACGGCGAUGUUACCUCUAUGAGGAGGCUCAUCACAGAUGGUGACGGCAGCGAGGAGCAGAAGGAAAGACAGAGGAAUAUGCUAAACACCGUCACAGCCUUUUGCGAUAACCAGAGCGACUGCCGCCGAGUUGAGAUCCUCCGCUACUUUGGAGAGACAUUCGAUAAGGCGGAAUGCGGUAAAGGCUGCGAUAACUGCCUAAACAACGAUGUAUUCGAGCAAAAGGACUUCAGUGAAUACGCGAUAGCCGUCCUGGAGAUCGUGCGGUCUCAAGGGAAACUCACGCUCAACCAGUGCACGGAUUUCCUGAUGGGGAAGAAAAAGCUGUCAGAAUAUAAGAGCGGCACCGAACAUUACCGUGGAAUAGCAAAGCAGAUGCCUAAAAACGAGAUCCAUCGCAUCAUUGAUCGACUCGCUGCUGAGGGCGCAUUAAGUGAAGAGAAUGCCUUCAACCACAAGGCUAGAAUUGCUAUUCAGUACUUUAGGGCUGGAUACGGGGCACGUGCAUUCCUAAACGGCCAACGUAAACUUCUCCUGACUACCCGAGUUAAGAGCAAGGAUAGUCAGAGCAGUGUACCUAAAAGACAAACACGGAUCAGCAAACCGUCAACUGCCGCGACGAAGCGCGGUACUUCGGGCAACGUCCCAUCCACCAAUGUAUCUUCACCUAUCCUGGGCAAGGAUCGCAAAAAGAAAGGGAAAGCAGUGGCGAUGUUGGACGACGACGAGAGCGACGAGGACUAUUCUAGAUUCAGCAAUGGGUACGCCAAAGAUGGAUUUGUUGUACCUGAUGAUACCGAUGACGAUUUUGAGACGAUGCCUCCUCAGUCUAGAAGUCGAUCACAACGAAAGUCGUUAGGUCCGCCAAUAUCGCACGAUGCGCGGAUGAAUGACGCCGAACUGUCUGAUAUUCACGACGACAUCAUCAGCAAUUUUCUCAAAGAAGCCAAGGACCUGGAAGAAAACCUGCGGAACUCCAAGAAUCUGCGCACCCCUAUUUUCACCGAGCAGCACCUCCGCGAGAUGGCCAUAAGAUGGACGAUUACGCUGGAUAGAAUGCGCUUGAUCCCGGGUAUCAACGGUGAUAAGGUAGAUAGGUAUGGCAAUAUGUUCAUACCUCUAAUCCGGCAAUAUCACAUCCGGUAUGAGGAAAUCAUGGGGGGCACCGCCCCGGCAUCCGGCUCUCGUAAUGUGGUGGACCUCGUGUCGAGCGACGAGGAAAUGGAAGACGUCGGCUACGACGACGACAUGGACGACCAGGGCGCGGUAUCAUCCUACUUCCCGGGACCGGGCCCAUCCGCGCGCACGGGGCGAGGAGCUUCGGCCACAGCCACGGCAUCCCGCGCACGCUCGACAUCGUCAGCGCCUCGCGCGGCUAAAGCGAAUACAUGGCGCGGAGGGAAGAAGCCCUUUCAGCGUAGGUCGUCGGGGGCUUCUAGCAGAGGAGGCAAGGCGUACGGGGGCGUCAAGAAGAAGGCCACGGCCGGCAGUCGCAAGACCACAGCUGGCACGUCGUCCGCAGCUUUCGGGGGACCGUCGAGAUCGACGGCGAAGUCGAGUAGAGGGGGUAGGUCGCAAGGGGCAGGGGCGAGCCAUAGCGGCAUCGGACUCAUGCAGUAUUAACGGCUCGAGUCAAGCCGAGCCGAAUCGGGUUGGUUAAAGGUCUUUGGAACGAGUGCGCGUUGUUGCUACAUACCCACUUCCCGCUUUUUACGUUUAACAUUAUCACGCUCUCUGCAUAUGGCUCUGGAUGAACGAACUAACUAAAUUUACUGCAUGGCAUGGCUAAGGCUACAGGCGGAGACGAUGGCGAAGGCGUACUUUGGAGACUUAGUGCUUCAGGGGCAGGCGUUUGAUAUUUAUAUAUGACAUACAGUACCUAGUUACAUGCAUAUUACAACCAUA